AUCAUAAAAUUUAUUUCAAUUUGUUCAAUUAGUUUUUUAUUAUUAUUUACAGUAAGAUUAACAUUAUUUUACUAUUCUUUAAUAUUAUUGAAUUAUGAUUAUUCUUAUUUUAUUGAAUGAGAAAUUAUUAAUUUGGGAAGAUUAAAUAUUGUUAUAACAUUAAUUUUAGAUUGAAUAAGAUUAAUAUUUAUAUCUUUUGUUUUGUUAAUCUCUAGAUUAGUAAUUUUUUAUAGAAAGGAUUAUAUAGGAGAGGAUAAAAAUAUUAAUCGAUUUAUUAUUUUAGUAUUAAUAUUUGUUUGUUCAAUAAUAUUAUUAAUUAUUAGACCUAAUUUAGUUUCUAUUUUACUAGGGUGAGAUGGGCUUGGGUUAGUUUCAUAUUGUUUAGUUAUUUAUUUUCAAAAUGUAAAAUCGUAUAAUGCAGGUAUAUUAACUGCGUUAUCGAAUCGUUUAGGUGACGUAGCUUUUUUAUUAGCAAUUGCUUGAAUAUUAAAUUAUGGAAGAUGAAAUUAUAUUUAUUAUUUAGAUAUAAUAAAUAAAGAUAUAGAAAUAUUUAUUAUUGGGGGUUUAAUUAUAUUAGCAGCAAUAACAAAAAGAGCUCAAAUUCCUUUUUCUUCCUGGUUACCUGCGGCUAUAGCAGCCCCGACUCCGGUAUCAGCUUUAGUUCAUUCAUCAACUUUAGUAACUGCUGGGGUAUAUUUAUUAAUUCGUUUUAGAAAUUUAUUAUUAAGUUUAUCUGUAAGAAAAAUUUUGUUAUUAAUCUCUGGUUUAACAAUAUUUAUAGCGGGGUUAGGGGCAAAUUAUGAAUUUGAUUUAAAAAAAAUUAUUGCAUUAUCAACUUUAAGACAAUUAGGGUUAAUAAUAAGAAUUUUAUCAUUUGGUUAUAUAAAAUUAGCUUUUUUUCAUUUAUUAACACAUGCCUUAUUUAAGGCUUUACUAUUUAUAUGUGCAGGAGCAAUUAUUCAUAAUAUAAUUAAUAAUCAAGAUAUUCGAUUUAUAGGGUGUUUAAGAGGUUUAAUGCCUAUAACUGUGAUAUGUAUAAGAGUAGCUAAUUUAGCUUUAUGUGGAAUACCUUUUUUAGCAGGAUUUUAUUCUAAGGAUUUAAUUUUAGAAAUUGUUUAUAGUAAUGUAUUUAAUUUAAGAGUUUUUAUAUUAUUUGUGGUAUCUACAGGAUUAACUGUUAUAUAUUCAUUUCGUUUAGUGUUUUAUGCAUUAACUGGAAUAAUAAAUAUUUUUUCUUAUCAUCCAAUAAAUGAUAGAAGCUGGGUUAUAUUAAAAAGAAUAACAGGAUUAUUGGUAAUAGCUGUUAUUGGGGGAAGCAUAUUAAUAUGAGUAAUAUUUCCCACCCCUUAUAUGAUUUGUCUUCCAUCUUCUUUGAAAAUAUUAACAUUAGAGAUUUGUAUUUUAGGAGGUCUUUUAGGAUAUUUAAUUUCUAAUGUUAGUUUAUUUUUUUUUAAUAAGGCUUUUAUUUACUUCAAAAUAAGAUGGUUUUUAGGGUCUAUAUGGUUUAUACCAACAUUAUCAACAUUAGGUAUAAUUUUUUAUCCAUUAAAAUUAGGGUAUUACUUAAUCAAAAAUUUAGAUCAAGGAUGGAGAGAAUAUUUUGGUGGCCAAAAUCUAUAUAAAUUAGCAGUUAUAAAUUCCUCUAUAAUUGAAAAAAUACAAAAUAAUUAUUUAAAAAUUUAUUUAUUAUUAAUAUUUAUUUGAUUUUUAGUAUUAUUUUUUAUUUUAUUAAUUAUUAAUUAGUAUAUUA